CGGCGCUUACAGGAUCACGCCUCCGUGUCGUCGCAGCGCGUCGUGGAUGGAGCCGCAGUGAAGCUGGACGCUGGCUGGAAGUGGACAGAAAGAGCUGCUUCAGGACGAAGGAAAGAGAAACGCAGAAUGAAGCCCAGAUGCCUCCUCUCCGCCGUGGACCGACUCCCGACCAUCAGCGAGCUGCAGGAGAGCGACGCCGACCACGCAGACGCCUCCUCCCACACCAUGGACCAGUACCUGGACUCCAUCAAAGAGCUCUCCCAGCCGGCCUGCUACCCGCUGCACGGGCCCCUCAGGGGGCACCGGUGCUGGAGGCUCCGCGCGGGCCCCGCAGUCACACCCGUGGCUGCUUCCCUGUUCCUGAACGCCUCGCGGAGCCAACCCGCCGUCGACCCCUCAGACGUUUCCUUCACCUUGACGGGUCGGUCCGGCUGUGACGCGGCGCUGCGGGCUCAGCAGAACCUGCUGGACGUGCUGAUGUCCCCGUCCCUGUUUGCAGGCCUGGCGUAAGCCGGAGGGCCCCUGAGGGCCCCGCGUGUUCGGGGACGGCGGGAACAGAAAACUCUGGACGUGAGAAACGCAUCUCCCUCUGAAGCUGCGAACAAAUCCAACACGCGAAGCUAAAGAUGAAAAGAGGACAUGAGGAGCAGUCGGAGAGCUAAAUGGCUCCGCAGGGGUCCGCAGCAGCCAGAGGGGCCCCAAACAAACCGUGUUUAAAUAUUUAAAGGAACGCCGCCUGGUUUCAGGUUUCUGUUCAACCAAACGGCUUUCAGAUAGAAACCGAGCCUUCAGGCCUGAUGUGACACGUCUUCAGGUUCUCACAGCUAAACUUUUCUUUUUUUUUUCUGACCCUGAAACAUAAACUAUGCUGGUUUUCAGUUUCAUGACAAAGAGGAAUUGUUUUAAUCCCAUAAGUGUCCACAAUUAGGCCCAGAAAUCCGGAUAAAAGUACAAGCAGCCCCGCAGCAAACAAUGGAAAUGUAAAAUCUAACCAUGUUUAUACUGUAAUUACUCUUCAAACUAGAAAGGAGAUGGAAACCUGAUUUUAUGCCUUUCAUCUGACUUUUUUCAGAUGUUUGAUAUUUUAUGAAGCUUAUUUUUUCUAUGUCAUGUGAGGAUAUAGUUAAAGAUGGUUUAUUUGCAGAAAAGAAGGUGAAUAUUUGCUUUCCUUGUUAUCGACAAAUAAACAGAAUUUAAUAUA